UGUAUAUACAUUUUGUAACAUUUUGCAGCCAAAAAAUCUGUAGUAAACAAAUAAACUGAUAGUAGCAAUUUUUGUAAUAGUUAUUAGGAAUGUAAAAAUAUCGAAUGCGUAGCUGUGAAAUUUGACAGAAAAAAAAAAAACGAAAUGAUGGCUACGCUUGACGCAAAUCUACCAUUUCGCUUCGUUUGUGUUUACCGAGCUGUUUGAGAAGUGUUUACGAAUUGCUGUCUUCAGAAUUAUACCAAAAGGCUACGUUGAGAAAAAUAUUUUGAUUUGAAUCUCCGUAUAAACGUCAAAACAAAAUGACGCUGGGAACUUACAACCGACACCAAGCUCAGAGGAAAAAGCAAGCAGCUUUGGCCGCGGCGUUUCCUCAGGGCAUUCGCUGUCAGAAGUGUUUGGAGUAUGGCCACUGGAGCUACGAGUGUACGGGGAAAAGAAAAAUUUUGGUUCGACCGUCACGCACAAAGAUCCUUAAAAAGAAUUUAGAAAAGAAGGAAGAAGGCCAGUGCAGCAAUGGCAAAUGCAAGAUUCCAAGCAAAAAGAAGCGCACUAACGCGGACUGCUCAGACUGUUCUGACUCCUCAAGCAGCUCUUCUGAAUCAGGUUCAGACAGCUCGGAUUCUUCGGGUAGCGACAGCAGCAGCGGCUCCGACAGUGGCAGUGAUAGUGGCAGUAGCAGUGAAUCGGAAUCUGGAUCAGGGAGCGAUUAACUUAAAACUGUAAUUUUAUAUAGAAGGUGAGAUAUUUUGCUACAUAACUUUUGUUUUUGCCACUGCCCAUAUAACUGAAAAUAUAAAGCUUUUUUGUUUCUUGCAAGUUAAGGCUCUGAAAUAUAAUUUAAG